GAGAAGCGACCGCACGAAGAAGCGUAAGCGCCGCCAAAGGUACACACUCUUCGUUACUUUCUAAAUUCCCCCUCGCAGGCGGUAUAUAUCCCCCGAUGACUUUGCGUUUUGCAAUCGUACGCACACGACGGGAAUCACAUCCGAGCGGAUUUUUCGCGCGCCGCGUAAGCCUGGAUGUUAUAUCACAAACCACGGAAUCACCGCAGGAGAUGGCGGUCAGUGUCGUGAGAUACCUCGCUUUCCUUGUGUUCUGCGCCCUGCUACAGUACCACUAUGCGACGGCUCAAAACAAAACUCUCAGGGACCUUUUUAACAGCACAUCCUGCGCCAAGCCGCCUUACACUUGUCCGCAUCCGCAGAUAGAGUUUUAUCUGUACACUAGAGAAACACAAAAAAAUCCUUUGCUAUUAGAUGUCCGUGACUUUAAUUCUCUUUGGAAAUCCAAGUUUAACAAAACGCAUCCGACCAAGAUUAUCAUUCACGGCUUUGGCGGUGGACGAAACUUAGCACCUAGUACAGAUUUACGAAAUGCGUAUUUCACGCGAGGCGCGUACAAUAUUAUAAUCGUGGAUUACGGUUCGUUGGUACGCGAGCCCUGUCUCUCGCAGAUCUCAUGGGGCCCGGACUUUUGCUCCAAAUGCAUCGCUCAGCUGGUGAAUUACUUGAGAGAUCAUCCACGAGGCACGAGGGUGGAGAACAUCCACGUGCUCGGAUACAGCGUAGGUGCGCAUAUUGGUGGACUCAUCGCAAAUUACUUGCCCAAUGACAAACUCGGGAGAAUUACGGGCCUCGAUCCGACGAUAUUUUUCUACAUGAACGGCAACCGCUCAAUGGAUUUAGACGAGACAGAUGCCCAUUUUGUGGAUGUGAUUCAUACAGGCGCCGGCAUUUUGGGGCAAUGGGGGCCCAACGGCCACGCGGAUUUCUACGUAAACGGUGGCUCGAGUCAGCCCGGGUGCGCCACUUCUUCUAUACUCCAAACGCUCUCGUGCGAUCACACAAAAGUGACGCCGUACUACAUAGAAUCAAUCACGACAAAGAAGGGAUUUUGGGCGGCCCCUUGCGCAAAUCUAUUCUCUUACCUGAUCGGAUGGUGCAACCCCAAGAGAGAAGAGUACAUCCUGAUGGGGGAGGAUACACCUCAUACAGCACGCGGCAUCUUUUAUCUGUCAACAAACGCACGCACACCGUACGCCCGAGGACUGCCCGCAAAAAGCCAGCGUCGGACAAGUCAGAGGCGAUCGUCCUCCCGCCAGUAUUAAGCUUAUUGAAACAACUGAUUAAUAUAAUUAUAGAAUAACAUGUAUUUACAUGAAUCAGUCGUUUUAAGCUAUAUAAGUACAUUACAUCGCUAAAAGACUUUUGUUUUUAUAUCGUUAUACCAUUUACGACUUUGUACAUUUUAAUCAUUAGAUCUCGUCUAUUUUCUUUCUCUUCCGCUUCUUUUUAUAAUUGAUAGUUGUGACGAGCAGAAAUUAUAUACAUAUGUCUCGUAUCGUUCAUUGACAUCCGAUCGACGGCCGAUUAACUGGUACAGUUAAAGUCUCGCGUGCUCGACACGUAACACUUUCACUCCCGUUCUUACCGCAGGUUUUUUACAUAUUAUUUAUUUAAAGUCACAUGUUUACAAGACGAGGUUUUCUCGAUGUAUUCAAACGGAUCAUUUUAAUCACUCGAUCAUAUUCUGAUUCAAUCCGAUAAGUCACGAGUCACGUCAUUGAACACCAUAAAACGGGGUUGAAUUGCAUCAAAUAGGAUAAUUUUGCGUAACAGAUUUAUUUCGAAAGAGACACGAUUUUUUUUAGAAUCUCUCUUAUUAAAAUUUAUAAUGUUAUUGCAUAACGCUGAAGUAAUAUGUUUCACAAAACAUAUGACUAAUUUAUUCGACGUCGUAUAGUUCCAAAAUCCUCUUUUACUCCUUCGGUAUAAAGUUACUCUAUAGUAGUGCAAUCUAAUCGAAUCUUUUACGAUAGUUGUAUAAUGUAUCAUUAUUAAUAUGUAAUAUGUAACAUAUAAUUAAUUUUUAUAGUCUGUAAUAUAAUUAAUUUAAACCUAUUAUUCAUAGGAACAUAAAAUUGUUUUUGUCUUGUGAACAGAUCUUUGCAAUACAAACAUUGCUAGACCAUAUUUGUGUUUCAUUUAGCCCUCUCUCAAUCUCUAUUCACCAUUCUAUUUCAACAAAUUUCCUCAUAUAGGUACAUUUGUAACAACAUGAAGACUGUUUAUGUUAACAACAAUAUUUAUUACAUAAUAAUUAUUACGAUAUAGUAAUAACUUCUAUAGAUUUACAAUGUACUGUCGCACUAAACCUUAAAUAGUAUGUAUAAUAUGCAAUGGAAUGAUUACAAGUUGAUACAUCUUCGUUUCAAGUCGAAGGCGAUCCUCCGCGGCCUC